CAUUGUGGAGUUCUAGACCUGGACAUUGUGGAGUUCUAGACCUGGACAUUGUGGAGUUCUAGACCUGGACAUUGUGGAGUUCUAGACCUGGACAUUGUGGAGUUCUAGACCUGGACAUUGUGGAGUUCUAGACCUGGACAUUGUGGAGUUCUAGACCUGGUUCCAAACAUGGUAACAAUGGCCACUGACCAGGAUGUCGUCUCCUCCUGUGAGUGGGAGUGUGACAGGGUGUUGUACCUCCUGCCCUCCCUGCUGCUGUUCCUGCUCUACCUGGCUCUCCGCUGGCCCCCGGUACAGCGAAUGGCGAGGCUGGGGGUGAGGGCUGCCGCCUGGUGGCUAUGGGUGGCACUGUGCUGGGUCCUGGAGCUCCCCAUCCACCACCCUCACACAGAGCCAGGCUGGGGCGAGGAGAGGGGAGGAACACAGGUACAGGAGCAUGGAUCAUCCCCAGGCCUUGCCAUAGGACCGUCACCAGAGAAAAGCUGGGGUAGAGAGAGUGGAAUGGGCCUUGGCUUGGGAUCACAUCCAGCCCUCUCCCCAGCCCCAGGACCCACUCUAGCCUGUAAGCCCACAGCCCUGGCCCGGUUUCUGCUCCAGCACUGCUGUUCCCUGGCCAGACCCAGACUGGCCCCAUGGCCCAGGGGGGACCCCCACCUCCAGACCCUCUCAAGUUUUCUGUUGGGGGGCCUGAUUGCAGGAGACCAGGGACAAGAGGUCAACUUUACCCGAGACCACCUUCUACUGAAGGACGGGGGGGUAGUGGCUCUGGACUGGGCUGUAGGCGUAGGUGGGGGAGAGGCGGUGGGACGGGAGAGAGAGAAGGAGCACCAUCCUGGGGGGAAGGCAUUGGGCUGCCACACCUCCACACCUCCAAUCCUCCUCCUCAUCCCUCACUACUGGGGAGGAGUGACGCCCCACCUGAGAGGUCUGUGUAGAAUGGCUCUUCGUCAGGGUUUCUAUUCCCUCGUGUUUCACCGUAGGGGCACGGGGGGGUGCCCUCUCACCACGCCACGGCUGACUGAGUAUGGAGACUCUGUUGACCUGAUGCAGACAGUAGCAUAUGUGCGUAGCCGGCACCCGUCCUCUGUGCUGGUAGCGGUGAGCGAGGGUUCUGGUUCGGGCCUGCUGCUGUCCUACUUGGGAGAGUGUGGCUCCUCCUCUUACCUGACGGCUGCAGCCUGCAUCUCACCUGUCCUGCAGGGCCAACUGUGGUUUGACACGCCCCUGCCGCCACUCUACCGCUGGGCAGUGCUGAUCCAACGCAAACUGCAGCUCAGCAGGUAUGCCAGUGCCCUUAGUGGGGUGUUAGAUGUAGACAGGGCUCUCCACUGUUCCUCCCUCAGAGACUUUGAAGAGACCCUGUUCUGCUCUGCACUGCGACCCAAUAUCCCCCAACACCCAACCAGUCACACACCGACCCCAGGGGCCAGAACCGCCAGCGGGACACCAACCACCAAACCAGGGGCUACUGUACCCCCCCUGAACACCCCCUAUCUGACGGGACCCCACAACACCAACCUGGAGGCCAUGCCCGGUGCCAAAACUGUCUCCCCCACCCUUGCCUCCACUCCCAGGGUUCCAACCACCAGAGCAGGGGACACAGCACCCCACCAACACACCCCACACCACUCAACAGGACCCCUCCUCCCUGGGGCCCCAGCUUCCACCUCUGGAGCCAGAUCAGGUGCCAGAGGGGCCACUGCUCCCCCACCCUCCCUUAAGGGAGCUGGGGUAGCAGGGGAAUCAGGGGUAGGUGGGGUGGCAUCCUGGGUGCUGGGGGAGCGGGGUCGUCCUGCCAGGGACUGGGAGAGUUACUGGGAGAGGAACGAACCUCUGAGGGACGCAGACGAGGUGGCGGUUCCCGUGCUCUGCCUCUGUAGCCGUGACGACCCCCUCCUGCCGCCCCCCUCCACCCUGCCACUCGCCCUUUUCCAAAACAACCCUUAUUUCUUGCUGGCGCUGACGGAGACGGGCGGACACUGUGGGUUUGGACUGGAGGAGGGAGGACAGGGGGAGGGAGAGGUGGGAGGUAACUGGAGUAGCGUGUCUGUGUUGGAGUACUUCAGGGUGGUGGCUGAAUUUCUGAAGGGGGAGGAGAGGAAGGGGAUGAGGUGGGGGGAGUACGGGCAUGGGCAGGGGGGGGGGCAGAGGGGCAGUACCAUCCCACCCCCGGAGGAAGAGGAGGGAGUCCAUGAUGAAGAGAGAUCGAGCACACAGUCACACACACAGGAACACCUCAAUGAUGGAGGAGGAAGAGGAGGGGAGGAGGGACAGUUUACCUGGCAGAGGUCCUACACACGUUGA